AUGGUUUUCCUGCGGAGGCUCGUGCAGCUGCUGCUGCUGCUGAUCCAGGGCGGAUGGUGGGGGGUCGCUCCGAGCCCCACCGACGAGGGAGCUCUCAGGGCCGGCCUCGGGGAGCACGGAGAGCCGGGGCACCAGGAGCACAAGGACUCGUACAGCACCUUUGCCUCCGAGUUCCUGGAGUCCAGAUAUCUGUCCGAUGACGGUUAUCCGUUUCCCACCGCUCCCCCAGUGGAUCCCUUUGCCAAGAUCAAAGUCGUUGACUGUGGAGUCACCAAAGGCUGCAUCAGGUAUGGGAAGCCAGGGUGUGAUGCAGAGUCGUGCGACUACUUUCUGAGCUACCGUCGCAUUGGCACAGACGUGGAGUAUGAAAUGAGUGCAGACACAGACGGCUGGGUGGCCGUGGGUUUUUCCUCUGACAAGAAAAUGGGUGGAGACGAUGUCAUGGGCUGCGUCCAUGAUGACAAUGGUCGUGUGCGGAUUCAUCACUUCUAUAACGUCGGCCAGUGGGCGAAGGAGAUCAAGAGGAACCCGGCCAGAGAUGAGGAGGGAGUUUUCGAGAGCAAUCGGGUGACCUGCCGUUUCAAACGGCCGCUCUAUGUCCCCAGAGAGGAGACACUGGUGGACUUACACCUGUCGUGGUAUUACCUGUUCGCAUGGGGUCCCGCCAUUCAAGGUUCCAUCACGAGGCAUGACAUCGACAGCCCGCCCGUCAGCGACCACAUGAUCAGUAUCUAUAAGUACGAGGACAUCUUCAUGCCUUCCACAGCGUACCAGACCUUCAACUCCCCCCUCUGCUUACUGCUCAUCGUAGCUCUCACCUUCUACCUACUGAUGGGGACCCCAUAAUGAAGCACAGCAGACCACAGAGGAGGAGACGAAGCAGCAAUAAAAACAAGUUGACAUUUUUUAGAUGCCACAUUCAAGUGUGCACUUUGCACAAAGUGUUAGAGAUUUUAAACACAUAGAGAAUAUACUGUAUAUCCAUUACUCUGAACUCACCCAGAGGAUCCGGACCAAUUAUUAAACCUAUAUUGUAUAAGUGUUAUGUACUGGGGUCAGUACAAGAGCCCUGAUAACAGAGUAGUAUUUUAGUUUAAAUAGGUCAACUACUUUAAGUAUUUAUCGUAACUUCCAAGUGUUAAAAAAUUACAAGGGGUACACAUUCACAAGUAUUAAAAAAUACUGCAUGCACUGGGAAAUCUAGGAAUAAUUAGGAAAAGCUAAUGUUCACUGGUGAUGAGAAGAAUAAGACAGUGUGAGUCUUCCUGAGGACAAAAGAAACCAACCAACUCACAGCAGAUACACAAACUCAUGUGUCCCCUCACUCAUGUUUAAACUGAAAAUAAGAGUUUAAUGGCCAAGGUCUGCCUACUGUAUGUGUUUACAAUUACAAACAUUUUCAUUAACUUAAAAAAAAAAAACAUUUUCGUUUGACUCAACCUGACUCAUACUUUCCCUUUUAGAACUUUUCCCCCAACUUUACCUCAACAGUGGCUGUUUGAUUAUCAGCACUGUUGCACUGUGACUGUGUUGCACAAACAGAGAGAGACUUCUACACAAGUUCGGCUGCGAUUUCCAACGUGAGCAACAACAUCACUGAACAGGAGGAAACUGAGGAUCUAAGAAUAUUUUGCUUGGACAUGGACUUAUUUCCCCCUGUUAUUGUAGCCUUUUGAUCUCUAUUAAAAUGAUUGGAUAUGUUGAGAUUCCUCCUACUGAAACAAUCUGCUAUAUUUGUUUAUAAUUAUUACAAAAUUAAGAAUAUAAAAUAACAUUAUAAGCAAAUACAGACAUUGCUGUGUUUGAAUUGCCGGCAAAAGAAAUUGUCAAACAGUGAAAAAAAUGAUAUAUUUUAAUAGAAUUACAACUGAGGUCAUGUGCCCAAUAUUUUGAUGAUAAUAGUCUAAGUUACUUUGACUUCAGUUGGAAAUCAGGUAUGAAAAUAAGUCUUCCAGAUGAAUGACCAGUGACUAUAGAUUAUAACUUAAAUAUGUCAAAUAAGAGCUGUAAGCACAAGCUUCUAACGACACUGGACCAAACAUUUCAUGACAAUUACUGAUUAUGGCUGAUUA